AUGGUUUAUGGCUGGCUUGGCGCUCAGUUCGUAGCACUGCCAUAUCUAACGAAAUCGUACAGCGGACAGACCGUUGUUGUCACCGGCGCCAACGUGGGUCUGCGCUUGGAGGCAGCCCGCCAUUUUGUCCGACUGGGUGCGCAGAAGGUCAUUGUCGCGGUUCGAAGCAGGAGUAAAGGAGAGGCAGCGGCCAAAUCCAUCCAUGAAUCAACGGGUCGAGGGGGUGUCGCUGAGGUCUGGGAACUGGAUCUUAGCCCACAUUCAAGCGUCAAGGCGUUUGCACAACGCGCUUCAACUCUCGAGCGCCUUGAUAUUGUCAUCAACAAUGCAGGUAUUCUGACCCGUGACUUUAAACUUGUUGAAGAUAAUGAGUCCACCAUCACGGUCAAUGUGCUGAGCGCAAUGCUAUUGAGUCUAUUGCUGCUUCCCAAGCUGCGGGAAACUUCGGUCCAGUUCCAAAAAGAGGUAGUUCUCACAUUCACCGGGUCCUUCACUCACUUCAUGACGGAUUUCCCAGAGCAGAAGGAGAAUAUUCUUAAAGAUUUGGCCAUUCAGGAGAAUGCAGACAUGGCCAAUAGGUCACUCCUCGUGGUUCGAGAAUUAGCUGCCCAAAUCACUGAAUCCUCGUCGCCGGGUGACAUCACAGUGUCAGUUGUGAACCCAGGGUUCGUAAAGACAUCUAUCAUGAGAAACGCCGGAAUCGUGCUCAAAAUACUGUUUCCGCCCUGGAGGGCCCUCAUUGGUCGGUCGGCUGAAAAGGGGUCAAGGACCCUCUUGCACGGUGCAGCUGGCGGGAAGGAGACGCAUGGACAAUACUUGGACGCUUGUGCAAUCGCAGCCCCAUCGGACUUCGUGACAAGCAGUGGCGGCCAUGAGGUCCAGAAAAGAUUAUGGAGAGAGUUUGUUGAAACGCUCGAGGAGAUAAAUCCAAGUGUGUCAAGCAAUAUCUGA